AUGGCAACGGCUCGGAAGUUGAAAAAAGACAUAGAAAAUUGUUAUAAAAAAGUCGACGAAGGCGUGAGGGAGUUUAACGAAGUCUGGGAUAAACUCCAAUCCUCCUCCAACUCGAAUCAAAAGGAGAAGAAGGAGGAAGAGCUGAAAAAAUGCAUCAAAAAGCUCCAGAGGCUGCGCGACCAGAUCAAGGCCUGGCAAGCAAGCAAAGCGACGAACGAUGAGGCGCAACUGAUAGAAUAUCGCCAUAUAAUCGAAAGACAAAUGGAGAGAUUCAAAGUUGUCGAAAGGGAAACGAAGACAAAGCCCUACAGUCGCGAAGGCCUAGUCGGACCAGUGACAAAGGACCCUGCGCAAAAAGAGAAAGAUGAAUGCAACAAAUGGAUGCAGGAUAGUCUCGACGCGCUCAGCAGGCACAUUGAGCAAAACGAGGCUGAAAUCGAGUGUCUUGAGAACAAAAAACGACUCUCAAAGUCCGACCAAGAUCAACGCGCCGACCUUCAAUGCAAACUGGACCGACAUAUGCUCUACACGAAAAAUAUCGAAACUUUGAUGAGGUUGUUAUACAACGACAAAAUCGAUGCCGCCGAAAUAAACAAUAUCCGAGAAGACGUCGAAUACUAUGUGGAAAACUACGAAGACGAUGAAAACUUAUAUCUCGAUGAUGCGGUGAUCUUUGACGAUUUCGAGUUUGACGAGGAGUUCGUGCCAGAAAUGGCGAAAAAUGAUGAGUACACGACGAAUAACGUGCAUGAGAACUCUUCGACGAAAUCCGAUGAAAAGGAGGAGGAGUCGCCUAGUAGUCCAAUGUCCAAACGCGAUAGAAAACUUUCUGAAAACUCUGAAAAGUCGGACAGGACGAGGCAUAAAUCCUCGGGAGCGCCUGAUCGACCGCCGUCGGCGAGUGAAUCACUGAAAGAAGAAUCGUUAUCGCCGCGGAAGCCAUCAAAAAGCAGCGUCAAUUCAGCCGCCUUCCCUGGCACUCCUGCACAAACGCCGAAACAGCCCGCUCAUCCGAAUCAAGUUACGAACAUGGCAAAUCUUUUACGAAAAAGCAACGUCAGCGAACGACUGUCAGAAAGUCCAAGCAAUACCUCAGCAUGGCCUAGCAAUCAGUCGGCGACUUCGAACCAGAACUCAUUAGCGAGAGAUAUGAACCAAGCGCAGAGGGAGUUUGACAACCAACGCGCACAGGUAGAAGCUGCAUAUCGCCAUAUGCCACAACUAUCGGACUCGGAAAAGCCACGACAGUAUCUGCCCCGCUAUCCCGUCGAAACGCCCAAGUUCUACCCUAGCAGGUGCAUCGAUGACAUGCACACUCCUGAGUUCUUCCUCAAGCUCUCCGUCGAGACGCUAUUCUACAUUUUCUACUAUAUGGAAGGCACGCGCGCCCAGUACCUGGCCGCCGUCACGCUAAAGAAGCAAUCUUGGCGAUUCCAUACAAAGUAUAUGAUGUGGUUUCAGCGACAUGAAGAGCCAAAGCAGAUUAAUGAAGAAUUUGAACAGGGUACGUAUAUUUACUUCGACUACGAGCGCUGGGCACAGAGAAGGAAAGACGGCUUCACAUUCGAGUACCGUUAUUUGGAAGAUCGCGACUUGCCGAUCAACUGA